AUGGACAAGGAUCACGGAUUCUAUCGGCAGGUGGAUGUCCAGGACCACGCUCACUACAUUGUUGCAUUCUUCGUCUUGGUGAUCGGAACAGUGGGUGUUACUGGGAACGCCUUGGUCAUGUACGCAUUUUUCUGUAACAAGAAGCUACGUACUCCUCCCAACUUUUUCAUCAUGAACCUGGCAGUCAGUGACUUCCUCAUGGCAAUUACACAGUCACCCAUAUUUUUUGUUAACUCUCUUUACAAGGGGUGGAUUUUUGGUGAAACAGGCUGUAAAAUGUAUGCUUUCUGUGGGGCUUUAUUUGGAAUCACUUCCAUGAUAAACCUUCUGGCCAUCUCUGUAGACCGCUACAUUGUCAUCACCAAGCCUCUGCAGGCCAUACGAUGGACCUCUAAAAGACGCACUCGCUUCAUUAUUGCCCUUGUCUGGCUGUACUCUCUAGCCUGGAGUCUUGCACCACUUUUGGGGUGGAGUUCAUAUAUACCAGAGGGCCUGAUGACCUCAUGCACAUGGGACUACGUGACAUCUACUCCAGCCAAUAAAAGUUACACUUUGAUGUUAUGCUGCUUUGUAUUCUUCAUCCCUCUGGGCAUUAUAUCCUACUGUUAUCUGUGCAUGUUUCUGGCAAUCCGCCAUGCAAGCAGAGAUGUUGAGAAGUUGGGGUCUCAGGUGAGGAAGUCAACCCUGAUCCAGCAGCAGUCCAUCAAGACUGAAUGGAAGCUGGCCAAGAUUGCCUUUGUGGUCAUCAUAGUGUUUGUGCUUUCCUGGUCGCCCUAUGCAUGUGUCACCCUCAUCGCCUGGGCUGGAUAUGGAAGCAUCCUAAAUCCCUACUCCAAAGCUGUCCCAGCAGUUAUAGCCAAGGCAUCAGCCAUCUACAACCCUUUUAUUUAUGCCAUCAUUCACUCUAAAUACAGGGACACACUUGCUGAAAAGGUCCCCUGUCUACACUUCCUCGCCCAGGCCCCCAAGAGGGACUGCAUAUCAGUGUCACACAGCGAGUCCUCUUUCAGGGAUUCAAUGCUGAGCAGACAGUCGUCCAGAACAAAGUUUCACCAAGUGUCCUCCGUGUCUACAACUGACACACAGGUUUGGAGUGAUGUUGAGCUGGACCCAAUGGACCAGAGCCAUUGUGUGAGUUCCAGUUAUUCCCUUGAAGCUCUGAGAGAGAAAGUACAAGUCACAGGUUAA